AUGUUACGAUAUACUGACAACCAUCACAGAAGCGGCAAAUCAUCCAUCCAAAAAGUCAUCUUUGAAAAGUACUCUCCAGCAGAAACCCUCUACCUCGAACCGACCACCAAAAUCGAGACCGCAACGAUGGACUCCUUCAUGACCUUUGAAGCCCUCGAACUCCCCUCCACAACCCUCACCGCCCCGCUCUCCACCCACGACUCCCUCUUCGCCACCGCCGGCUCCCUAAUAUGGGUCCUCGACAUGCAAGACGAGUACUUUGCCUCCAUCUCCCUCCUCAUCCAAACAGCGGUACACCUCCUCCAAUACCACCCCCGAAUCAACUUUGAAGUCUUCAUCCACAAAACCGACGGCUUGUCCGAAGAGUACAAAUACGACACCUUCCGAGACGUACGGCAACGUGUGACGGACGAACUGGCGGAUGCCGGGUACGGCGAUCGGGGGAUAGCGUUCUACCAAACAUCGAUCUUCGACCACUCCGUCUACGAAGCGAUGUCCAAAGUCGUCCAGAAACUCGUCCCUCAACUCCCGGCGAUGGAAGCUCUUCUCAACAAACUCUGCUCCGCGUGUCGCAUUCAAAAAGCCUACCUCUUCGACACCGUGAGCAAGAUCUACCUCGCCACGGACGCGAGUCCGACGUUCCUGAAGGACUAUGAAGCGUGUGCGGACUAUGUGGAUGUCGUGGUGGACGUGAAGCAAAUCUAUGGGUGGAGGACAGGCGGGAAAGGUAAGAGUGGGCAAGGAGAAGAGAAAGAGGUGGAAAGCGGGAGUGUAGGCGAGAGUCUGAUCACGUACGACGGGAGUGGGAAUACGUAUGUUUAUGCGAGGGAGGUGAAUGAGUAUCUCUCCCUCAUCUGUGUGAUGGGACAAGGCAGCACGGCGGACAAGAGGGUGCUGAUCGAUUAUAAUGCGAGUAUACUGCAUGUGGCGUUGGUGAAGAUGUUUAAGUUGUAG